GAGUCGACGAGCGAGUCAGUACGACUCGUGACGUCCUCGACGUCGGUCGAUCUUACUUUUUUCGUAUCUUCUGUAUUACGUACUAUACACACAUACACGCAUAUAUAUCUAUACAUUACAUGCAUACCUAUAUAUAUAACACACGUAUUAUAUAUAUUACAUAUCGUGCACUUAUUAACAUUCAACCACAUAUAUGCAUUCACACAAACUCAAAACGUGUUUCUAUCUUUCUCUUUCUUACGCGUACAGUGCUUCGUAAUUUUCUCGUGUAAAAUCUCUCUCUUUCUCUCUUUCUCUUUCUAUCUUUCAAUCUUUCUCUUUUUAUCUCUCUCUCUCUUUCUCUCCUUCCAUCUCAACGAGUAUCCUUUCUAACACAACACAAUACAAUAUUUGGGUUAUGUGUGUAUCGCGUGGCGCGCGUUUCCCACGCGUCCGACGCGUUUGUUAAGUUUCGUACGAUUUUCGUCUACGAAUGAGGAUUACGUAAAGAAGAAAAAACACAUAAAGAAAAAUUUGUUCGAAAGGAAGUUUUGGCGGGCGAACGUCCGUGCAUCGUAUCGUGCGUGGGUGCGUGCAUACGUGCGUGCGUGCGAGUGAAACGAGCAAGCAAGCAAGCAAGCAAGCUUUCUCGUUCGGGUUUCUUCGUCUUCGUCUUCGUCUUCGUGUCGUCGUGUCGUUGUCGCAUCGCAUCUUGUCUCGUUCGUUCGUUCGUUCGUUCGUUCGUUCGUUCAUUCGUCGUGAUUCGUACGACCAGUACGAAAAGUGUGAGAGAUUUCAUUCGCUUCCUUCGUUUAUAACACAUCGUCCUAGUGAAAAUUCCUCGAUCGUUUCUCAGUUUCUUUUCUUUUCUUUUUUCUUUUCUCUUUCUCUCGUUUUCUUUUUCUAUCUAUCUAUCUAUCUAUAUAUAUAUAUAUAUAUAUAUAUAUGUACGUAUGUAUACGUAUGUAUAUAUGUAUAUAUAUAUUUCGUUUAUUUGUUCUUGCAUAUACUAUAUCGUAUCGAUAUAACCUAAAAAAAAAAAGGAAGAUCCCUAUAUCCCUCUAUCUUUAUUUAUUCCUAUAUUUACUUUUAUCUUUCUUAAGAAACGCCAAGGAAAUAUAAAUAGAAGGGAAAGAACGAAGUUAAAAAGUUGGAAAGAAGAUUGUUGGUGACCGAUUAAAAAAAAAAAAAAAGUAAAAAAUUAAACAAGUGUCGUCGUUGAAAACGUUUUAACAGUGAAAGUGAUUUUUCUACCAACGACUCGAGCCCAUAACCAACAACUUCCCACUUACGCUCGAUCCGAUCAUCUACGACGAAACCAACCAACCAACCAACCAACCAACCAACCCUCAUCAACCCUCCAUUUCCAACCCCCUCACCUUAAGCUUCCCUUCACCUCGACCAAAAUAAAAAAUCGAAAAGUUUUUUCUUCCGAAAGUAAGAGAUGUCGUCGACGCUGUUGAAAGCCGAACCCACCGGCGGUUAUGUCAUCGAAAAUUGGAGGCAAGUUCGUCAAGAUCGGCGAACCUGUUAAGAGAACGAAUAAUAAGAAAAGGAAGAAGAAGAAGAAGAAAAAAAAGGACUGGAAAUAAGAAGAAAGAAGUACGAAAACGAAUAUCAUCAUCAAUUCCUUCUAUUUUUUUCUUCCUUCAUCUUUCUCCCUUUCCCUUUAUCUAUCUAUCUAUCUAUCAAUCUAUCUAUCAAUCUAUCUAUCUGAUCUGAUCUGAUCUAUCUCUGUCUCCCUUCUUUUCUCUUUUUCUUUCUAUCUGUCUUUAUCCUUGUCUCUCUUUCUCCAUCUUUCUUUCUUUUUGUUUUCCCCCCAUCUCUCGUUCUCUCUCUCUCUCUCUGUCUCUGUCUCUGUCUCUGUCUCUCUGUCUUUCUCUAGUACCUUCCCACCUACGUUUUAUUCGAUAAAUUUCAAACUGGUGUCGCCUGAAGGAGCCCCUUUGAGCGAAGCGAAAGGCAAUACACGAAUACAUCAUCAUUCUCGCCUAUCCGGAAGUCAUAUGCCCAUACACGCGCGAAGAACGCGCGGACCCUACGAGGAAAUCGAAAUGGUCGAAUUGAGUGGUAGUGGACAAGCGAAUUCGGCCAUGGGUGUUACGGGACUCGGUUCUGUGGUAUCCGCAGCGGCCUCAUCUUCGUCAUCUUCAACGACUACGACCACCACUGGUGGUGCAUCCUCGUCAACUUCCGGUCGUGCUGGUAUACUCGAGACACAGGUGCGCGGUCAAUGGUAUCGUGUAUUCGUCUCUUUGGAGGACGAUUAUUUGAGUAUAUCGCUUGACGAGAGUUGCGACACUGUUAACAACGUUCUCAACAAUGGUAACAUCAAUAACAACAACGUCGACAGUCUCAACGAUCCGGAUGUACCGGAUUCGGUCGCCAAUCAAAAACGUAUCGUGCGGGUCGUUAAAAGCGACAACAACGGACUCGGUAUUUCUAUUAAAGGCGGGAAAGAAAAUAAAAUGCCGAUUCUAAUAUCGAAGAUAUUCAAAGGUAUGGCAGCCGAUGCCACGGAGCAAUUAUAUGUUGGCGAUGCGAUAUUGGCUGUUAACGGUGAGGAUCUACGCGAAGCUACCCACGACGAAGCUGUUAAAGCACUCAAGAGGGCUGGCAAGGUCGUCGAGCUUGAAGUGAAGUACCUGAGGGAGGUGACACCGUACUUCAGGAAAGCCUCGAUCAUCCAGGAAGUUGGCUGGGAGUUGCAACGUGGAUUUCUCAGUGCGACACCACCACCACCAAAGUCACCGCCCAGGGCAGACACUCGUUAUCUGCCAUUGCAGCUUUGCAGACUCACCAGGGCGCAUCCUUCGUCGGAUCCUGAGGGUCGAAUCCUAGAAUUACAUUCACCCGAUGGUGUUCACGAAUGUUGGUUGAGAGCCGCUGACAACACAGAGGCAAACGUAUGGUUCAACGCUUUACACUCGGCGCUAGCAGCACUCACUCUGAAGGCAUUGAGACUAGCCUCAGCAGUUCCGGAUCCGCCGCAGCUUCAGCACAUUGGUUGGCUUGCAAGGAGGCACUGUCUGCAGAAAGGAAGUGCAAGCAGUGAGAGUAGCGAGGAUGGAGCCGGAAGUAGUGCAAGUACCUCACGAGGUGCCGGAAGUGGAUUUGCUUUGGCGACUGGUUGUGCUGGAGGAUGGCGUAGCGUCUUUGGUGCGGUUUCAGGAAGAGAAUUAAGGCUUUACGAAUGUGCACCAUGGAGUCCUGAAGCUUGGGCAUCACCGAGUAUUACCUGUCCUCUUAUUGCUACCAGAUUGGUUUCAUCACCGACAAGACAAAAUGAGGCAGCGGCGAGUAGUAGCGGUGGAUUGACACAGCACGGUGCCACGUUCGCGGUUCGCGUUGGUACGAUCGACGGCGUCGUAACGCAUCAUCUGCGAGCUGAAACACGAAGGGAUCUGGCAGCUUGGGCAAGGGCGAUCGUUCAGGGAUGUCAUGCCGCAGCCGCAUCGUUGCGUGAAUAUACCGUUCGAUGCACGUGGCAGGGUAAAGCCUGCCAGUUGGUCGUCAAUCACGAAGAGGGAUUCUCGCUGUACGCUACAGGGACAAGGGGUGUCGUUGGAAAUGGCGUUAGUCCUGGAUCACCACCGACUCCCCUUUGGAAGAGAUCCUUCGACAAACUGAAAAUGUCUGCCGACGAUGGCGCACGUUUACUCUGGCUCGAUUUUGGCGGCGAGGAUGGAGAAUUUGAAUUGGAUUUAGAAAGUUGUCCGAAACCGAUUGUCUUCGUUCUUCACAAUUUUCUAUCGGCGAAGAUUCACCGAAUGGGCCUGAGCGCAUAGGGGUACGAGGGGGCCCCGGCUGAGGCCCCCGACCUGCCGCCACACACCACCAGAUCCGUUACUAGUGUAUUUCUUCAUUGAACGAUCAAAAUAUACGAAAGACAGAGAGAAAGAGAGAGAGAAAGAGAGAGAGAGAGAGAGAGAGAGAGAACGAAGUUACGAAAGAAAUUCAAGCAAACCAAAAAAUAAAAAGAAGAACUAAUUUCAACCGUUAAAAUUUGAAAUACUUUGCAAAGUGUAUGAGAAUAUUUAUUAAUUAAUAUUUACAAAUUAAAAAAGAAACAAUAUUUAUAAAUUCAAGAUGAACAAAAGAAAAGAAAAAUUCUUUCGCUUCGUUCUGUUCUCAAUACAAUACGAGAGAGCGAGGAAGAUAAUCGAUUAGAAAUCAUCCACGCGAUCGUAAAAAAGAAGCAUGAAAAUAUAACGAUGAAGACCAUAUCGAUGAGAAAAAUAACAAAGAUGUCGUUGUUGUUAUUGUUGUUGUUAUUGAUGGUGAUGGUGAUGGUGGUGGUGAUGGUGGUAGGUGAUCCAGGAGCACGAAAUAAGGAGAAAGAAAGGAAAUAGAAGAAAGAAUGAAAGAUGAGAGACACAGACAGAUUAAAAAAAAAAAAACAGAAAAGAAAAAAUAGGAUGAAGGAAAGAAAAAGAAGACGAUGAUUGAGGACAUUGACGAUGAAUUUUUUAAUGUUCUAGAAAAAGAGAACAGAGAAGAAAAGGAAAUGUUCUUGUCUUCAGUCGCCUCUAAACGCGCCUAAUUAACUAAAUAACCUAUCUACCUAACGAUAAGAAGUAAGAUAACUAAAAUUGACGAUUGUAACGAGGAUAUUAAGAAAAAAUAGAAGAAAAAAAGAAAAGAAAUGAGUGAGAAGUGGAGAGAGAGAGAGAGAGAGAGAGAGAGAGAGAAAGAAGAACGUCUUAAAGAAAAAAAAAGAAAGAAAAAGAAAAGAAGAUAAAACGAUAAAGAAAUAAAGAAAACAUCAAAAUGAAACUCGCUUUAGACACGCGAGUUUAGUUCGUUAGAGAGAAAAAUAAAAUAUACACCGACAGAAACAGAAACAGAGACAGAGAAAGAAAGAGAGAGAGAGAGAGAGAGAGAGAGAGAGAGAGAAAGAGAGGGAGAGAAAAUUAUAAUAAAUAAAAAAUGAAUAAAUAAUAAUAGUAACGAUAUUAAUAAUAAUAACGAUAAUGAUAACGAUGAUAUUAAUCGACAAAAUCCCAUUUGUCUCGUGUUAUUUUAAGACGCGAAUCUUAUCCGUGCUGAUAAUGAAUGGAUUUUUCGUUCUCGAUUUUUGUAAUUUAAAGAAAAGAAAAGAAAAAAAAAAGAAAAAAGAGAAAAAAAAAGAAAAAAAAAUCGAGACGAUUAUUAUCGUAAACGUUCUCGUCGUGCGUGGUGCACUUUUGUUAAUAGCGUUCUCUCGUUUUCGAGAUAAAGAUAAGGAAUAACGAACGAUAACGUGGAUACAGAUUUUAGUGAAACGAUUUUAGAAAAUUUUAACACCUUCGUCGAUUUUGUUAUCUUUACUUUUUAUUUCCGUUUUUUUCUUUUCUCGGAUUCGAGAUCAUCGUAACGAAGUGAUGAAAAUAGAGGUGGUGGGGGAAGUUAAUCGAAGAGAUAAGAUUCUCUCUCUCUCUCUCUCUCUCUCUCUUUCUCUUUCUCUUUCUCUUUCUCUCUCCCUCUCCCUCACACACACACACACACACACACACACAAACACAAACAAACAGAUAAUUAAUUGAUCUUGUCAAGUUAGAAUCAUUAAAAUCGAAAUCGUGACUUAAUCGACGAAGGGGUUAAUUGUCGUUUCGAAAGAAAAAAAAAAAACGUGUCGGCUAAUCCAUCGAUCUCCGAUUUUUCUUUUUUAUUGAUUUCCAAAUUCAAAUACGAAUUUUAUUCUUCUCGAGAUGAUAUAUAUAUAUGGUGAUCUGUAUGUAAAAUAGCAAUCAGGUAAAUGAUGAUUCAUACAUGAAACGGUUAAUCGAAAUUUGGAAAUAGAUCUUUUUCUGCAGGUGAUUUGUUUUUUAAGAAAAUUCGAUUUUAAUUAGUACCCUGCUUUUUGAUAUCAAUAGAAGUUACUUAGACGUUCAUAUUUAUUUAUCAAAUAUGUCGGAUUAUAUCUUAUUAAUUCCAUAUGAUUUAAUUUAAAAAUAAAAUGUGUGUGCAUAUAUAUAUAUAUAUAUAUAUAUAUAUAUAUAUAUAUAUAUAUAUAUAUAUUCAAUUUUUCGUAUAAUUAAUAAAUAAUAUUGUCGGUGGCAAGUAUUAAUGAUUAAUUUUUAUAUACGCUUUUAAAAAAAAAUUUGUUCACUAUUUUAAUGAAUUAUUUUUUUUUUUUAUAAAAUAAAAUACUUCUUAAUGAAACGUUAAACGAAUAUGAGCUAUAAUUUACGUAUAAUAUAACGUAAUAUAUAUAUACGUGUGUAUGUAUGUGUGUGUAUAUGUGUAACGAUAACAUUAUUAUUUUUUUUAAUAAAAUAUGACAAUAUUUAACAAUUAAUAAUUUUAUUUUUAUUCUUUUCCUUUCAUUCUUUUUUUUUAAAUGGAUUAAUCCUAUAUAUUACUUAUCCUGCAUUUUUCAAUUAUAAUGCAACAGAAACACGAUUGGUUGUAACAAUUAUAAAUCGUUAUAAAAUGAUCUAAAUCUCGUGAUAUAUGUGAUAUGUUAAUUUCAAUUUUAAAAACGAAACUUCCUAAAAGAAAUAAAAAAUGAAAAAGAAAAGAGAAAAAAAAACAGAAAAUAAUUUAUUCUACAACAUCCUAUAAUUAAUUCAGAGUCAUUGAUCAAAUCGAUAUUAUAAAAUAAUUAACAAUUCUUCUUUCCCUUUUUUUUUUUUGUUGGAAACAAAUCCUUCCAUAAAAAAGGAAAAUUAUUAUAUUCCACAAUUUGGAUGAAUUAUUUUGAUAUAAAGUCAUAGUUAAUUUUCAUUGACUCAUAUUUAUACAUACUUAUCUGUUAUCGAUUAUAUUGAAUACAUUAUAUAAUAUAAACAUGUACACACACAUAUAUAUCGAAUAAAGGAACGACAUAAUAAAAGAAAAAAAUAAAAGAUCGUUGGGGAAUACGAAAAGACGAGUCUUGAUUCCUCGUGGAAGGAGAAAGUUCAAGAAUUGUGUGUACGAGAAGUUCUCAAACAUCUGGGGAGGAUUUAAAGAGUUUACUUCUUCGUUGAUCUCCUUUUACGUGGGUAGAAGGACGUCGAGACAAAAACUUUUUCUCCUUCGAGAUAACGUGUUCCGUUUCGGUAAAACGAUAUUUAUAUGAGAACAUACGAUCCAAAAGUUUUAUCUUUUCAAAACGAUAACGUUUUCGGUUUCUUCUUCCCUUUAUAUCUAAAUUCUCCAGCCACCAUUUUGGAUCAUAUCAACCAUUUGCCUUACAUUCAAAUUUAUUGUUAUGCAUAUAUAUGUGUGUAUAUAUGUCUAUACACACACAUACAUUUUAGUGAACAUACACAUAUUUAAUGAAAUUUUCGUUUCAGAAAUGAAAAGAAAAGAAAAGAAAAGAAAUAUAUUAAUAAUAAUAAUAUUAUUAUUAUUUGAUAAUGAUAUAAUAAUAUUUCAAUCGUAAAAUCAAUCGUAUAAAAUUAAUAAUCAAAUUUCAAUGAAGUAAUGAUAUUAAUAGAUAUUAAAUUAUAAUCAAGUAAUUUAAUAUAAUUAUACAAUUAUUAAAUUAUGAAAAAAUACGUCUAUACAAUACUUUACGUUUUCUUUUCUUUUCUUUUUUUUUUUUCUUUUCAAGCAAUAAACGAAUAGCGUAGGAUUAAAAAUUAGAUAAUAUUUGUAUUAAUACGAAUAAAUAUGAUUAUCGUUCGUAAAUCAUUUCAACUUUGUUAAUUAAAUAAUCAAUUAUUUUGCAAAUCAAUUCUAAAAUUAUCAAAUUAUCAAUAUCACAAUCAUAUUUUAUCAAUUAUUAACGUUAUAAUUAUUAAACGAAAUUUCAAUUCGCGUUUCUGUAAUAUUAUCUUUUUCUUUAUUUCCAAAUUAAAUAAAUGUAAAAUGAAACAAAUCUCUUUUUAUCGACCAGCCAACUGUUUCUUUUUUUUUUCUUUUCUUUUUUCUUUGAUAUGCACGAUCAAUUUGUGCUCUGAUUUUCAAUCUCGAGAAGAAAGAAAAAGAAAAAUAAGAAGGGAAAGAAAAACGAAGAACAAAUAAUUACAAACAAAGCGUGUAACAAGGGGGAAAAAUGAAGAGAAAAGAAAAAAAGAAAAAGAAAAAAGAAAGAGAAAAAAGAUGAGACUAAGCCGGCACGUCUUCGUAGCUGUUUUGUACGAUUCGUAUUUAAUUAAAAAUGCAGUUAAAUUUAAGAUGCCAAGAGAAGAUCGGUGUGCAUUAGUAGCAAAAACGCCUCCUCUCGUGAGCGAUCUCUUCUUUUCCUUUCGUCGUGUACCCCCUUCUCCUCUUCCCACCCCCUAUCCCGCCACCUUUCUCCUCUUCUUCCAAUAAUUAUCAAUUAAAACCUAGGAACCACUUUGACUAAUAAAAAAAAAAAGGAAAAUUUAAAAAAGAAAAUCGAUCAUCGAAGAAAAGUAAGAGAUUGACUCGAUCGAGAGAAAAAUCAGUCGUAUUUCUUACGGUACAAGUGAGUCUGAUAAUUAGUAGACGAAUUAAUUAAUUAAUUAAUUAAUUAAUUAAUUAAUUAAUUAAUUAAUUAGUUAGUUAAUUAAUUAACGAAUGAAAACUAGAUUAAUAUAAAGAUGGAACUUUUCUAUUUUUUUAAUUUAUUUCUUCCAUUUUUGUCUUUGUCCUUCUUGUUGUUUUAUUUCUUCUUUUUUUUCUUUUCUUUUUUGUUUCAUUUUAUUCUGCGAUACCGUAAUAAAUGAAUGUCGAAAAUAUUAUAAUAAUGAUAUAAUUAUUACUACUACUAUUAUUAUUAUUAUUAUUAUUAUUAUAUUAUUAUUACAAUUGCUAUUAUUAUAAUUAUUAUUAUUGUUAUUAUUAAUAUUAUUAUUAUUAGAUUAUAAUUUAAUAUUAUCAAUGUCGUAGUUUUAAUUUUAUUGUAUAAAUUAAAAAAAAAAAAGAAAAGACAGGAAGAAAGGAUACACACAUAGAAGUGGUUCCUCUUUCAUGGAAGAUUGUUACACGAGUAUGCAAAUGUAUGAGUGCUUGUAUGAAAGAAUAAAACGAAUAUGUGUGCAUAUAUGUAUGUAUGUACGUAUGUAUGUAUAUAUGUAUUAUGUAUGUAUGUAUGUGUGUGUACGUCUACGAUAUAAUAUAAAAUUUUGAGAUUUAAGUAGACAUAUCAACGAAAAAAAUAAUGAACAGAAAAUAAGAAGAAAAAAAAAAAGAAAAUAAGAACCGAUUGGGAAAGAAGAGAAGCCACAAUAUGUCAUUAUCGAUACAUACAUAUAUCGUGCCCGUAUGUCAUCUUCCAGAAUAGAAAAUGAAAAUAAUAAUAAUAAUAAUAAUAAUAAUAAUAAUAAUAAUAAUAAUAAUAAUAACAAUAACGCUAAUAAUACUAAUAAUAAUACUAAUAAUAAUAUUAAUAAUAAUACUAAUAAUAAUAAUAAUAAUAAUCGUAAUAUAGGAACAGAAAAAAAAAAGGAGGAAAAAGAUCUCUCGCGAGUUCAGAUACGUCGAUACUGAAAAAAAAAGCAACAAAAAAAAAAGUAAUAAGAUAUGAUCGAACGACGACCGUUUCGUACGGAACAAAAAAUCGCUUUUACCGUUGAUAUGUACAUAGAUCGUUCGCACGAUGAAUCAUUAUUAAUAAUAACGAAUGAAUGAAAAGGAAAGAAUAAAAUCAAUAAAAUGUAUGAAGAGAAAAGAAGAAGAUGAAAACAAAAUAAAUAAAUGGAUUCAUCGUGCGCGUUUCUUUCUUAAUUCUUUUUUUCGCCAGAAAAAAUUUCUCGGGGCAGAAAAAAAAUAACCGGUAGAGAGAGAGAGAGAGGGAACGUAAAGUUGAACAAGAAAAAAAAAAGAAGGAAAGAAAAAGAAGAGAUAGGUACGACGAAUAAUUUCGACGAACAACGUGAGAAUACUGGACAACGUAGACGUGAUUAAUUUAAAUGAAUAAAUAAAUGAAUGAACGAACGAACGAACGAAAGCAGGAAUAAUAUAGGGUUGGAAUGAAGUAAAGGUAAAAAAAUAAAAAAAGGAAAAAAUGAAAAAACAAAAAAAAACAAAAGAUAAGUAAAUGAGUAAGUAAAUAAAUAAAUGAGUAAGUAAGUAAGUAAAUAAAUAAAUAAAUAAAUAAAUAAAUAAACAAACGAAAGAAAUGAAACGGAAAUAAACGCAAUGGUACACGUGAAUAUCUUAUUAAAAUAACAGAUAAUAAGUUGUGUGAAACAAGUCGUCGACGGGGAUUCGGUUGAACGAACAAUGCGCGCGCAAACUCUUGUAUUUUUCUAAUGAUUUUCAAACGCCGAGGUAAUUCGUAAUGUCCGAGAUAGCCUAUCGGAUAUUUAAGUAUUGCCAUUUAUCGGCGUUAUUUCCAGCAGUGUUCUAUUCCGCUUUACUUUGUCCUAGGUUUAUCGGACGUUAACAUGUAUCUAUGAGUUACCAAAUAAACGAGAACGGUUAGAGUUUC